CGAACGCCGACGCUGGCUGUAGCUGCUCAAACGCUUUUCUUCAUGUCCAAUCAACGGUCAAACGAUCGAUUGUUGGAUGUUCUCUGUAAGGUUUGCGGUGAUCGAAGCUCCGGCAAGCACUACGGUAUUUACAGUUGUGACGGAUGUUCCGGUUUCUUUAAAAGAAGUAUUCACAGAAAUCGAGUUUAUAGUUGCAAAGCGCAAGGCGAAUUAAAAGAUAAAUGUCCAAUUGAUAAGACGCAUCGCAACCAAUGCAGAGCUUGCAGAUUACGACACUGUUUCGCCGCCGAUAUGAAUAAAGAUGCUGUUCAACACGAGCGAGGACCUAGAAAAGGGAAACAAAAGCAAACUGUAACGAAAGAAACAAUUAACGCCCCAAAAUCAAUCCCUUCGGCCGUUACACCUUCACCACCUGUUUCUACUCGACCCUCGGUUAUAACGCCAGUAGAUCUUAGGUUAAAAUUGCCUCAGCCAACUCCUUCAGCUCUUAUCUUACCAACUUUAUUGCACGGUCUCAUUGGAGCAGAAAGAGUGACGGACGCCGCUGUUAUAGCUGGAAGAAUUGGAGAAAGUUUACAAGAGAUUACAGCCAGACUGCUUUUUUCGGUAGUCACGUGGUGUAAGCAGGUGGCUCCCCUUCGGGCGUUGACUGUCGCUGAUCAACUAUUGCUGGUUGAGCACUCCUGGAGAGAUCUGUUUGUACUGUCAUUAGCGCAGUGGCAUGUUCCCCUCGAAGUGAAUACAGUAUUGGAGUGUGGAGGCGUUCAAAGGCAAACCAUGGCUCCUGAUACUUUAGCUAUAUUGCUCUCACACAUAAGACAGCUGAGAGAUGUUGUUGGUCGAGUGAAGGCCCUGAAUCUAGAUCCAACCGAAUAUGCUUGCCUAAAAGCCAUUGCCCUAUUUAAGCCAGAAUUGAGGGGACUGCGAGAAACGUCUAUAGUCGAAGAACUACAAGAUCAGGCACAAUAUCUGUUGGCCGAGUACGAGAAGCAACAGAUCGCUCAGGCACAGAGAUAUUCAACAAGAUUCGGCAAAGUUCUCUUGUUACUACCAGCUCUUGCAUCAGUAAAUUCAGCGGCUUUGGAAAAGCUCUUCUUUCAUGAAACAGUAGGGAACGUUUCCAUUGAACGAUUAGUUGUUGAUAUUUAUCAUACUGAGAAUUACGAUUAAUUCUCCUUCCCAAAAACAUUUUGCCUAAAUCUUAGAAUUACUUUAAACUCGCACACUUCGCCAAUUCAUCAUCUUUAAUUGAUAUAAUAUAAUAUUUAAUGACAUACUUAUAUAUGUGUG